AUGCGAAGCAUAGACAUUCACGCUCAUUCGACGCCCCAGUGUUUCCAGCGGGCAGUUCUGGCCGGUAACGAUUGGCACGGCAUGACCUCCGCUGACGGUGAGUUGUUUAAUCCCCGAAACGCCUGGACUCCCGAACAGCGCCUCGCCGACAUGGAUUCCCUGGGCGUUGACAUACAGGUUGUGUCAACCAAUGCGGGGUUUUACCAAUAUGACAAGGAUGCGGCAGUAACUACUGCCAUAGCUAAGGAUUGCAACGACGAAAUCUACCAGAUGACAAUGGAUUACCCAGACCGACUGGCUGGACUGGCCACUAUUCCCAUGCAGGAUGCCACUGCGGCAAUUGCCGAAUUGGAUCGUGUGGUCAAUCAGCUAGGCAUGAAGGGAACGAUGAUUGGCGACCAUGUUAAUGGGAAGACCUUUGAUGAGCCUGAGUUCCUGCCAAUUUGGAAGGCUGCGGAGCAGAUGGGGGCGGUAAUCUUUAUCCACCAGGGCGGACAGACGAUCGGCUCGGAGCGUCAGCCUCGGUACCAUGUUCGCAAUACAAUUGGCAACCCGUCUGAACGAGCGGUAACCUUCGCUGCGUUUACCUUCGGCGGCGUAAUGGACAAGUGCCCUGACUUAAAGGUCAUCCUGGCCCACGGAGGCGGUUACGCCUGUUUCGGCAUAGGCCGGAUGGACCGCGGCUGGCAGGUUCGCUCGGAAGCGCGGGUUAACAUUGAACAGCCGCCCAGCAAUUAUCUUGACAAGUUCUACUAUGAUUGCCUCACUCAUAGUGAGCCGGCCCUUCGGAUGUUGAUUGACUAUGUGGGUAUAGAUCGGGUGGUGCUCGGUACGGACUGGCCUGCAGAUAUGCGAAUUGACUGGCCCGUUUCGUGGGUGAUGGGCCUGGGGAGCCUGAAUUUGGAAGAAAAGGAAGCCAUUCUGUGGAAGAACCUGGAGAGCAUGCUGGGUCUCUAG